AGAAUGAUGCGAAUCUGUGGGUCUAACUCUUUACAGCAUAUUUAAAUUCUGCCUAUCUCCUUUCUGGGGAAUCCGAGGAGUAUCUCCGUUGUGGUUGAUAGUUAUUAGGCUAUGGUGCCGGUUACUAUUGCUAUCGAUAUGGCAUGAUACUCCUCCCCGACUGAAAUUUCCAAGAACAUCUGGGUUUUUCCAUGUUUGAAUUCGAGUUGUGGAUCCAUUUUUCUUGAAGUACGAGUACCUGGCUUUUGUUUUUAGUCAAGAACAUAUGUGCCGUACUCAAGCAGUGGAGUGGUGGUGUUGGUACUAAGCGGUACUUGCUAUCCGACUCUAGGACAUGGGCAUGAGAGCUGUGCACACGGCUUCAUUCAGCGCGGGGUCAUUUCAUGGACGAGGGACAAUGCUGCUUCGCCCUGUUUCUGCAUAUCGAGGGAUUUUCUUUACUUUCGUAUUUGUAGUCAAGCAGUCCUACUCAUAGAUUUUCUUUGUUUACUUGGAUUCGAAGAUCUGCUCUGAAAACGAUCGAAAGAAAUCAUUUCUCGAGCUUUGAACCAUGUUCGAAGCUUCCUGCUAAAAUAGCAGAACAUCUUUAGGGUUUCUGGAGCCCUAGUAAUUUUUGCUUUUUCUGCGGCUGAUCCAAUUUCAAGUUGUUAUCUUGAGUAUAUUCAACAGUGCGAGUAUCUUGGGUCUGAUAUCUCUCCGCUUCCAAGGGAAGGGCUUCUAUUUGAUACGGAAUUUUCCACUCGGGUUCUUGAGCUGUUACUUUGACUGCAAUUUACGUCUUAUUUCCUUCUCGGCUUGUCAAGCUAGACUUCGCAGCUUCUUUUCUGUCGAGCUUCGCAUGAGAAUUCGUCUUGGCAAAGAGUUCUAAGCUUCCAAAGUUCUAAAGCUCCUGUAAGGCUUCAACAACACUCUUCUUUCAUCCCCAUGAGGCUCUAAAAUCCUAAGAACUGUUGCACGGAUUGCUGGCUUCCCUUUUUAAAUGCUUAUCAAUCUCUCAACAAUCGUUUCUCAUCGACCUUCAAGUGAUGUCAAAGGACGGCAGAGAUAUCCUGAAGAAGAUAAAGCAAGCCACCAUGUACACGAUGUGGAGCUCUCGCCUCUGGCUGUCCAGUCACAGCACUGCCGAUAUGCCCUCCACGUGAACUCUCAACUUCCUACCAGACCCAGGAUGCUGCUCCUUUCGUGCCCAGCCCAGCCUCCCCUCGAGCCCCACUAGACCUGGACAGUGUUCGGGUCAGGAUGUGUCAGCAAGCUGUCGGAGGGGUGACCCUUUCUGGUGGUGGUUGCACCCAAUGUCCUGCCGCUAGCGAGGAUGGUGGGGAUUCCAGAUCUGCGGGGAAAGCUGCGCUACCACCACUGCGACAACACCCCUUCCAUUGGGACAACACCUCCGUGCCGACCCCAAGAUAUCCUUCAUUACGACAUCCAUUCCUCCCCCAUCUCCUCCCCAUUGAAGAUAAACAUCGACUCCCCGAUCCUUUGACCUACGCCUACGCCUACGGCCCGACCUUAUUCUCUGUCAAUUAGGUAGCCUAGCUCUCGGCAUGCCGUCCUCGGCUUCAAGUAUGGCAAAGAUAGGAGGAGAUGGCCCCACCAAGGGAGUACAAUGUUCCGUCUGCGGCAAGAGGUUCUCAAGAACAGACCACUUGAAGAGACAUCAACUGAGGCAUUCGGGAGUCAAACCUUAUUCAUGUAUUUUCUGCAAUGAUGCUUUCACGAGAAGUGAUAACCUGCGAGAUCAUUAUCCAACAUGUCCCGAAAGAAAGAAUCGCUCAAUACCAGAAGCAGCAAGAGGUGGUAGAAGGUCACAUGCAUGUGAUUCUUGCACAUCCAUGAAGCUUGGCUGUGAUGGAAACAACCCUUGUAAAACCUGUCGACAUAAGAGAAUAGACUGUAAAUACUCGAGGUUGUUAUCGAAAGGGGUGACGGUCCGAAGCGAAACUCCGAAGUCUGGAGUAGAGAACAGUCAGUCCGAUAGAGGGUCUAUUAACUUCCUUCUCAAUUCUGGCACCGCAAGUUUCAUCGAAUGCUUCCGCUUCCCAUCCUCGCACGAACGAAGGAAUAUCUUCAACUUCCGGAACGCCCACACAGCCUCAAACUCAGCUGACGUGAUUGAUAUCUUCGGAAACAUCAGUGAUAAUGGAAGCGCUCCUUCCGAUGCAUUUGACGAUGAAUCUAUCGACUGGUCUUUGUUCGAGGAAGAAAACCUUCUACGCUUUCUGAGUAGUCCUUUCGGUGAAGUCCCAAUGUAUGGAGCCGAACAGCCAAUCACUGGAUGGUCAUAUGUUGGGGACUGGGAACCUCCAAGUUUGCAAUCCGCUGCAGUCGUUGAAGCUAUAUUCGGAAAAGCUCUAUCGUUACAGAUUAGCCCUCCCGAACAGGAGCACGUAUCGCAAAAUCUAAACUUCCUUUUCACGCCAUCGCGAAUCGAAAAAUUCGUCAGCCUUUAUUUCGAGUUUUGGCAUCCGCACUGUCCAAUCAUCCACCAGCCAUCCUUCACUAUCGACACCGCUCCAAUACCACUUCUCGCCUCGAUGGUGCUGAUGGGCGCCAUGUAUUCCCAAGUUGACACGGAAGUCAGCACGGCCAAGCUGGUACUAGAUUUGGUGGAACUGUAUGUCUACUCAUUAGAGGACUUGACGGAUGAGUAUGAGAUCCGGCAUAUGCUGAGAGUGCCGUCUAUAUCUGCACCAGAAUCUAUUGAACUGAGCGUAUUGGCCUUCCAGUACCUACAAGCAGCAUAUCUGAUGGUAUGUGUACAGUUCUGGGCAGGAAGUAUGAUCUCCAGGAAACGUGCUUCAGACACUAGGUUUGGUGUCGUGGUGAAGGUAGCAAGAAGACUUGGUCUUACCAAAGCACGACAUGAGUUCGAAGAUAGCCAAGAUGAAAUAUUAUGGCUACAACAAGAAUCUCGGAUACGACUCAUAAAUAUCAUGACUCUCCUCGAUUGCGCAUUCUCCUUCUUUGCCAACUUUCCCUGUCGUCUCUCCAUGUCAGAAAUGAAAUUCGAUCUUCCAAGUGAAGAAGCAUUCUUCGCUACUAUGCACCCCUUCAGUCAGCGCAAUUUUGUGCUAAGUCGUAAUCUGACGACAAUGGAAGCAUUUCAGAGCCUUUUCAGACCGAGUCAGGCACCUGGCCAUGGUACCAAAGGCAAUUCUCUAGGGUUGAAUCCAAUGGAUAUGUUUAUUAUGAUUCAUCUCCUCUACGUCUCAGCUCACACCCAGAUAACACACUUCCCCCACUCACUCACCCGCUCACCCUCCACAUCCGGAUCAUCCACCCCUCUCCCCCCAUCCACAGCCCACCCCUCAACCUCACCAUCCACGCCAACCUCCAACAUAGCACUCAUCAAAGCGGCCCUCUCACGAUGGCGUUCCCUCUGGAUCACAAUCCGCGCAUCUAUACCGAGCAACUCAUGGGCCUGUCUAGGCUUCUUCCGCAAUGGAUACAACUACUGGCUGGUUACGCAGCUGAUCAUUAAUAAUAAGGGGAGUGCGGAGGUGCUUAUGGGGAUGGAGGUCGGUUGUGAGGAUACGCUGAAGCAGUUGAAGGGGUUGUUGAAAGAUGGUGCGGGCGGCUUGGAGGGGCAGGGUCCUGGGCCAGGACCGGGGUUGAAAGUUGAGGCGUAAACACUUUGAGGUGUUAAGAGUAAUGCAAUAAUGUACUCAAUCAAGACAAAAGUCCAGUUCAACUAUUUACA